AGUUUUGGCCCGGACUUGUGAUAGGCAGAUCCUGCCACGAAAGCCAUGGAGAUUCCAAGAGCCAUGCGACUGCUGCUCUGCAGUCUGGUGGUGGCGUGCGCGCAGAACCUGAAGGGCAGCGAGGUGGCAAAGACGGAUGCGGCCACUGAAGCAGUUCCAGAGCAGAUCUCAUUGUCGGAGCACUCCAAGUUGCAUCCACCAACUUCCGGACAAGCGAUUGUGGCCUUCGGAUUGAUCCUCCUCAUCCCGGUCGCAGGCCUAGUCAUCAUGAAGAGGGGCAAGGACGGCGGCUGGGAAGGUGCAUUUGGCAUGAUCUGCUGCCUCAUUACGGGCCUUUGGGUCUACACGGCAGUGCUCGCCUUUAUGUGAGUGUUCACACAACGCAGUGAACUGAAGUGAGCGAAGGUCAACCCAGAUGUCAUUGUUGUAUGUUUGAACAUGUCGGUUGUUAUACACACUUGUCUCUCCCAAUUCUUUGAGUCUCUUCAUACCGUACCAUGA